AGCCGAGCGUCGGACAGACUUGCCGCCGCCCGCAUCGGACCGCAGCCAGCAUGGAGACCUUGAGACGCUCGUACAUCCGCUUCCGCGGCGGUGCAGCGCUACAGGCUGAGCUCAACCGUGGUUCUGAGCGAGUCGCUCUGGUCGGCGCGACGCCUGGCGGCGCACAGUGCUCUCGCCUUGGCGUGUUUGUGAAGCGGCACGAUCUUAUCAACGGGAUGCCAUCCUACGAGAAGGAUGGGGACCCAAGCGUGAUGAUGUGGUAUUCGGGCGGGUGGAAGGUGGGCGACGCAAAGCAGCUCGGAAGAAAGGGCUGCGGCAUCAGCUGCCCCGACGACGCCUUCGCUCCCGAGACCGCGACCCGUGCUUGGCGCGUCAACCUACCUGCCGGCGGGGGCUGGUGCGACGCGCCGGACGUGCGCUGCAUCGCGGGCGCUGCUCUGAGCGAGGAGCUCAAGCGGGCGGCGGCGCGGGUCGCCCUCGUGGGCAAGGCGCCCAAGGGCGCGCAGGACGCGAGCGCGUGGAUGGGAGUCUUCUCCAAGUGCGACGAGGAGGUCAACGGUCACCCGUCGUACGAACUCGAGGGCAACGGUGAGGUGAUGCUCUGGCACGCGGCGGACUGCUGGUACGUGGGCAACGCUGAGGACGCGGGCGAGCAGGUGGGCUUCCUCUCAGUGCGCGACGGGGCGCUGCUGCCGCAGUCGAUCUCGCGCGUCUGGCGCGUGAAGCCAAAGGAGGGCGACGCCAAGAAGAAGAAGAAGGAGAAGAAGAAGGGCAAGGACGACUGGGUCGACGCCGCCGAGGUGCGGCUGCUCGCAGAGAGACCGACGGCCUCGCGCGUGUACGACGCAGCCACGUCCAGCUGGGUCGAGACGGCCACCCUGAUUGUCUUUGAGGACAGCGGGCCGCCCGGCCGCGGCAGCAGGGUCUCCGCCGCUGCGUGA